AUGGUGUGGGCCGGCAUCAUGAUCAAUGGCCACAAGCGCCUACAUGUGGUUGCGAAUGGGACUAUGACGGGCCAACGAUACAUUGAUGAAGUUCUACUUCCUAAUGUUCGUCUUUUCCGUGGUGCUGUCGGUUAUAAAUUUGUUUUUAUGGACGACAACGCAACAUGUCAUCGAACACUCGCUGUUCAGGAUUGUCUAGACAGCGAGGGUGUUUUAAAAUAUCUGGNCCCCUUUGAAAAUGUUUGGGAUGCUUUGGGGAGGCAACUUGCUGGUCGAAACUAUCCUCCGACAAACAAGAACACCCUCAUACGUGCACUGACAGAGGAAUGGGAUAAACUGCCUCAACAGCUGCUAGAUAAUAUUGUGCAAAGAGUGAUACGACGUGUAAAAUGUUGCAUCACACUCCACUGUGGACAUAUCCCGUACUGA